GACUGUGCCGACAUCCAGGCUCGUGGGAUGAACGUCAGUGGUGUCUAUGCCAUAUACCCUGGGAAGCAUACCAAUGUUUAUUGUGAUAUGGAGACCGAUGGGGGCGGUUGGACUGUGUUCCAACGCAGGAGUGAUGGGUCUGAGAAUUUCAACCGAAACUGGUCUGACUACAAGAUUGGUUUUGGAAGUAUCUCUUCCGAGCACUGGCUAGGUAACGAUCUGAUUCAUCGACUAUCGAAUCAGAGGAACUACGAACUGCGGGUUGAUCUGGAAGACUUCAAAGGAAUUACUGGAUAUGCAAAUUAUGGCCUCUUUCGAAUUGAGGAUGAGACACUGGAUUACAAGUUGACCAUUAGAGGACAUUCUGGCAAUGCAAGCGAUAGUCUUAGUUACCACAACGGGAUGAAGUUUAGUACCUAUGACCGUGACUACUUGAAUUGCGCCCAUUAUUUUAGAUCAGGAUGGUGGUUCCGCAACUGCCUUUUAAGUAACCUCAAUGGCGUCUAUUUCCGUGGUGAGGCCAAUGGCAUAAAUGGCAUUAAAUGGAAAAUGUGGAAGCAUUACACUUUCAAAAUGAGUGAGAUGAAGAUUCGACCAGUAAAGCCCUAG